AAGUAACUGUUCAGUAGAAAGUUCCAGUAUUUCAAUAAUUGUAAAGAUCAGCUUGAUAACUAAGUUGGGUUUUUGAUACUGAUUGUUUUGUGUCAUAUAUAUCUGGAUUGGAGUACAUCUCAUAGUACCAACUGAAUAACAUAACUGCAUAAAAAUAAUUGAAAUGUCUGGAUACGACGCGGUCCCAAACCCAAGGUCUUACGGAGGUACAUCUAACUAUGGAGGUCCAGCUGCACCAACUGGAGGUUCAUCCCAAGCUUCCAAGAAACUCCAGCAAACACAAGCACAAGUGGAUGAUGUUGUGGACAUCAUGAGGACAAAUGUGGACAAAGUGCUCGAGAGGGAUCAGAAGUUAUCUGAGCUAGAUGACAGGGCAGAUGCAUUACAGCAAGGCGCGUCCCAGUUUGAGACUCAAGCUGCAAAACUGAAGAGAAAGUACUGGUGGAAGAAUUGCAAGAUGAUAAUCAUGCUAUCAGUAGUUAUACUGGUCAUAGUUGCAGUUAUUAUUAUUUACUUCUCCACGAAAUAAUCCCCAGUAUCCGUUGUCACCCAAACACAGAAGAAAACUUAAGCAUAAACAUGGACACAAUACUGAUGACUGUUGCUGGCUCACUACCGAGAAUCAUUCAACUAUCACCAGCAACAUUAUUAUCUUUAACCUAAGUGUAUUUUCCACUCAACAUUCAAUUGUAAAGUACAAGUGUAUGGUUUAGUUAGUGUCGUUUCCUUGUGCUUGCAGUGUAUGCCCAAGAUUGUAUCUUUCAUACUUUUACCCAAAAGUAUCUAUAUAAACAUGUUAAUAUUAUUGUACUGACCAUUCGUGCAAUUUCGUUACGUUGCUAGGUAUCUAUGCUUACAUUUGCACACAAUUUCAACCAAGUCGAAAAGCUUUAAAAUCACUUAAUGCAAAUUCUAUUUAUAGAUGAGAAAAAAUCAAUAUUUUCCAUUCGAGAGCACAUACGCUUUGUGCUUUUAUCAAGCAGGUAGAAUAAUCGUUGUGUUCAGUAUAAUUGUUACUCUGAUAACAUAUGUAGUUAAAAACUUCUGUUUAAGUCAAGCUCCGCAUAGCGUAACAGUAUUACUCGCAAAACAUGUAGUGAACACUCAUUGUAGUUAUUAUGCAGACGAUUUUGUCGCUGGAGGUUCCAUACCGGUUUCAAGCUGUUAUUUCGAAUCGGUAGUAACUUCUUACUGACGUUAAUUAGUUACGGUACACGGCAAGGCAUGUUAUUUUGCUUGUACAUAUGAAGUUUACUUUGAGCAAUCGUACUAAAACUAAACCUACAAUUGUCUUGC